CUGCUAAUAAUCACCUUUUUGCUUUUCACGUGCUUCGAAACAACAAACAAGUUAGUUAUUUGCUAAUUUGAUUUACGCAUUUUGCUAUGGAAAGCUGAAAUCGAUAACUGAACCGACGUCAAACCUAAUUUUUCUUUUGAAAGAAGCUUGAAACGACACAAGUUUUAAAAAAAGACAGUAAAUUAACAGUUGAUGAUUACUUUUGUCACUUAGGUACAUAAACAAACCAGCUGCUAUAAUUGAAUAAAUGACUAUUUUAUGGACAGCAGCCAAUCAAACAACUGGGCAACCAACUAAGCAACUAACCAAACAACCAACUAAGAAGCCAUAAGCCUAACCAAUAAAUCGACAAAGAGCAACCAAAUAAUUAUCAUCAUGAAAUGCAUAUUAUUUUCUUUAAGGCCAAACCAGCAUUUACAUUCUCUCUCUCUCUCUCUCUCUCUCUCUCUCUCUCUCUCUCUCUCUCUCUCUCUCUCACACACACACACACACACACAGCUUACAGAUACAGUUGAUCUCAUCGCGAGUAAAUUACUGUUCAUUCUCUCCUCAACUGCUACAACAAUCGUUUCCCUCUUCCCUCACCAGGCCCCCACCCUCUGGGCCCACGCAUGGGUCUGCCCUCACCGAAGCCACCGCCCUCGCCCCUGUCCUCGCGGGGGGAGAGCCCAGACACACACCAGUCCGACCUGGUGGUGGAUCGGCCCCAUGUCGUGGAGCGCAUGGGUUCGCCUCCCUUCAAGCGGCCGGCCCCGGACAUGUACGACUCCACGGAGGAGGACAACGACGAGUGCCGGGCCGGGGUCAAGGACGACAGCAACAACAGCAAGGACGACAGCGACGACGAGGAGAGGAGGAAGCAGAGGAAGAAAAAGACGAGGACCGUGUUUUCCAGAAGCCAGGUGUUCCAGCUGGAGUCCACGUUCGACAUGAAGCGCUACCUGUCCAGCUCAGAGAGGGCGGGUCUGGCGGCCACGCUUCACCUCACAGAAACUCAGAACCAGGUACUGAGCAGAUAG